AUGUCAGCUAUAUUUAAUGAAAGUGAAUUAUCCGGACUAGAUGCCCAUAGUGCCUUUGGUAAUAAUGAAACUUCGAGUUUUCAAAAGAAAAAAAGGCGAAUCGAUGAAAAUUCGCAAAUGAGUGUAAAUGAUUUAGUUGAUGAUGGGGAAGAAGAAGAAGAUGAUGAUGAAGAUGAAGAAGAACCAUCAUAUGUUCAAGAUCAGAAUAUGGCCAAAGUAUUUGAGAAAUUUUUAAAAACAUUUUCUGAAAAAAAAAGUGAAGAAGAUGAAGAUGAUGGUGAUAGUAUUUGGAAAGAUAGUUUAAAUUUUGAUUUUCCAAGUAAUUUAGAAAUAGCAAAAGAUUCUCAUUAUGUAUUAUUAUUAUUUUCUAUUCUUCAAAAUUCUUAUUCAAGAAAUAAGGUUUUGAUUGUUGAUAUGAAACAUGUGUUAAUGUGGGAACCAACUGAUAAAAAUAGAUUUGAUAUAGGUAGUCAAUUAUAUAUGUAUAUAAAACGACACUUUUUAAGAAUAUUAGAUAUUUUUGAAAAAAAAGUACAGUUAUUAGCAGAAAGUAUUAAUCCUAUAAAAACUAAAGAAGUUGGAAAAAUAUGCUUAAGAUUUUAUAAUAAGAAGAAUCCUAUACAUUCUUUACGAAGUUUAAGAUGUGAAAUGCUUGGAGAAAUGAUUAGUGUCAGAGGACAAGUUACAAGAACUUCUGAUGUAAGACCUGAAUUAACAUUAGCAGCUUUUAAAUGUAAUGAAUGUGGUAAUAUUAUUAAUGGGGUUAAACAACAAUUUAGAUAUACACAACCAAGUAAAUGUCCUUCAGCUAGCUGUAGUAAUAUGUCUGAUUGGUCUCUCGUUUUGGAACAAUCAUAUUUUGUUGAUUGGCAAAAAAUCAGAUUACAAGAAAUUGCUCAAGAAAGUCCACCUGGUUCUAUGCCAAGAAAUAUGGAUGUAAUAUUAAGAAAUGAUAUUGUAGAUAGUGUACAUGCAGGAGAUCGUAUUAUAGUUACAGGAUGUUUAAUUGUUGUUCCAGAUAUUCCAACAUUAAUGAAACCAGGAGAUGUACCUAGAAGUGUAGCCAGACAACUUUUAAAGAAAAAUGAAAACUCUUUAGUAUCGCAAGGUUUAACUGGUAUAAAAGGUGUUGGUGUACAAGAUUUAAACCAUAAAUUAUGUAUAUAUGCAUGCCAAAUAGAAAAAUUAAAUAGUUCUAAGAAAGAUAAUAAUUUUGAUGAACAAACGCAAGUAGAUAUAAAUUGUGAAGAAAUUCUUAAUUGCGAUGAUUUGAAAUGGUUAAGAGAUAUUGCAACUCAUCCAAAUACUAUAGAUAUAUUAGCAGAAUGUAUAGCACCUAAAAUUUGGGGUAAUCUUGAAAUUAAAAAAGGAGCAUUAUUAAUGAUGACAGGUGGUGUACAAAAGAUUACAUCAAACUGUAAAUUAAGAGGAGAUAUCAAUAUGUGUAUUGUAGGAGAUCCAGGUACAGCCAAAAGUGAGAUAUUAAAAUAUGUUGAAAGUUUUGCUCCUAGAGCUAUUUUCACAUCAGGAAAAGGAUCAACUGCUGCUGGUUUAACUGCAGCUGUACAUAGAGAUCCUGAUCAAGGAGAUACUGUUUUAGAAGCUGGAGCAUUGAUGUAUGCUGAUCAAGGUAUUUGUUGUAUUGAUGAAUUUGAUAAGAUGGACGAAAAAGAUAGGGUAGCUAUUCAUGAAGCUAUGGAACAACAAACCAUUUCAAUCACAAAAGCUGGUAUACAAGCUACCUUAAAUGCAAGAGCUUCUGUUCUUGCGGCUUGUAACCCUAAAUAUGGAAGAUAUGAUACUCUAAAAACAUUUGCUCAAAAUGUAAAUAUUCCAGCACCAUUAUUAUCUCGUUUUGAUUUAUUUUAUACUAUGCUUGAUUGUAUUGAUAUUGAUAAAGAUACUAGUAUAGCUAACCAUUUGGUGUCUAUGCACUGUGGAGAAGAAGCAGAAAAACAUUUAAGAGCAAAUGCAGGAAGAUUGGAUUCUGUUAAAUUAGAAAUAUAUUUAGAAUUAAGUAAAAGAGUGAAGCCAUUAUUAACUGAUGAGGCAAAAUAUAAAUUAAUACAUUAUUAUGUUUCCUUUAGGAAUAUUGAAUAUUCUCCAGGGGCACAAAGAUCUAUGAGAAUGACUGUGCGUCAGUUAGAAUCACUUAUUAGAUUAAGUGAAGCUGUAGCUAAAUUAAAAUUUUCUCAUUUCGUAGAUGUAAAGCAUGUAGAAAUUGCAUGCUCUAUUUUCAAAGCAUCUAUGAAGAAAAUAUCAAACGAAAAAGAAAUAAACUUGGAUGAAGAAUUUGAUAAGGUUAAUAAUUCUUUAAUGGGUAACAAGGUUAGUAAAUUGGAUCAGGAAAAUGAAAACCCUGAACAAAACAAAAAAAUUACAACAAUUAAAGCUAGCGAAUAUCAAUAUAUAUCUGCUAUUAUCUUUGAAAUUAUUAAAGAAUACGAAUUUAAUAAUAAUAAUGAAAGUAUUACACAAGAUCAAUUAAUUGAAACAUAUCUUCAAGUAUAUGCAAAAGCGGAAUCUAGUGAACAAGUUGAUGAAUGGAUUUAUAAAUUAAAAAAAAUUAUUAACAGAUUAAUAAAUCAAGAUAUAAAACUCUUAUCAGAAACUAAUGAAGAUGAUCCUGAAAAGGUUAUUAUAAGAAUCCAUCCAAAUUAUGCAGGUCCGAUAGUUGAGGGUGUUUCAAAUAAAAAUACAUAUGGAUAUAACACAUUUAAAAAUUAUCAAACUCAAGAAAAGGCCCCAGAAGAUGAUGUAGACUUUCAAGAAGAAAUUGACAAUUUUUAA